GCCCCCUUUUUACUGGGGUGCCAGUGGUGGAAGUGGCCUUGCGAAGAUGGCACGUAUGCGGGAGAACGAUUUGAACCGUCCCGGAGCGGCGGAGAACAUCCCAGGCGAGCCAAACGGCGGUUGGGGCUUGCUGGGCUUCGUCAUGGCCGUGGUGCCAGCAGUUGUCCUUGCCUGGGUUUUCCAUACAAAAGGAGAAAAGGAGAAAGAAAAGAUGGAAAAAGAACAUCAACACGAAAUUGACGUCUUUCGUGACAACCAGAAGAGAAUGAAACAAGAAAACGCCAUGCUACAAGAAAAGCUGGCAGGCCAUUACAAAGUGACGGCAAAGGAUCAACACUACAUCUCAAAGCUCGAAGACGAAAAGCAAGCCCUACAGGAGGUUUACAAGAAACAGCAGGAGCAAAUACACCUACUUCAGCAUAAAGGCAACACCAUUCGAGACAACCUGGCAAAGGUACAAGAGGAAAACUCAAAGCUGGCGGAAAGGUUGGUGAUUUACCAAAAAGUGCAGAAAAGAGAUCAUCAUUAUAUCUCAAAGCUUGAAGAAGAAAGGCAAAAGGUGAAGAAAGACCACAAGGAACUGCAGAAGCAAAUACAUCAUCUUGAGCAAGAAAGUAGCAUCAUUCAGGCUAAUCUGACAAAGAUGCAAGAGGAGAACUCUAAGCUGCAACAACAGCUUGCAAGUCACCUUGAAUUUAAGGUAAGGGAUCAACAGUACAUCUCAAAGCUUGAACAAGAGAAUCAAACACUGCAGGAAGUUUACAAGAAGCAACAGGCGCAAAUACACCAACUUGAGCAUAAAGGCAGCAACAUUCUUGGGAAACUGGCAAAGAUGCAAGAGGAGAACUCCAAACUGAAUGAAAAGCUGGCAAGCCAUCGUGAUGUUAAGGAUAGGGAUCAUCAUUACAUCUUAAAACUUGAAGAGGAGAAUCAGAAAGUGAAGACGGACUACACGGAGAAGCAAAAAGAGAUUUACCAACUUGACCAAAAAGGCAGCAUCAUUCUUGACAAACUGGCAAAGAUGCAAGAAGAAAAUUCCCAACUGACUGAAAAGCUUGCAAGCCAUCGCGAAGUCAAGGAGAAGGAUCAACACUAUAUCUCGAAGCUGGAAGAGGAGAAUCAAUCGUUGAAGCAAGACUACAGAAAACAACAAGAACUGCUUGCAAACUCUGCGUUCACUUUGAAAGACUCACUAGCAUACAAACAGAAGGAACGAGAGAUUCAUAUUAAAGAGGAAUACCUGUCCAAGCUAAAGCAGCAGCUACAAGAGAGGCAAGACAUGAAGUGUAAUGCAUGGAACCCCAUGAAAAGCAGCUGGCAUCGCAAGCACUUAGAACAAGAGAUGUUGGGAGAGGCAAAUACCAACAUUCACGCACGGAAUCUACAGGUUCCGGCCGCCCUGCGCGAAAUCUUCAAGUAUGACGACUACUGUGGGCUGAGACCAGAGGAUCAUGGGAGACUGAUGUGGACAUUUUGGAGGCAGUGGAAGAUGGAGGUGGAGAGGGAGAAAAACAAACUGUUGGCUGAGAGACUGGCUCAGGAUCCACACAAAUAACAUUUAAUGCUGGCAAAUCACUUUAGAUGAGUAG